AUGGCGUAUCCCCCAACUGUCGACAACGCCCAGGCAUGGUUGGAAAAUGCCAUGCAAGACCUGCACGCAGCUCCCCCUCCCCUCGUACCCUCAAUUCAUCCCGGCUUCGUUUACCGCCAUCCACAAGGCCACCGCCUGUAUCUGCCCAGCGAAGCCUGGACCGUUCGCUGUCUGGCACCUCGAGAGCGGCACCAACUAUACGUGCAGCUUUGCGACCUCGGUCGCGUCCUGCUCCAUAACCAUCCUACGUCUCGUUUAUACAGUAAUGCUUUGCGCGAGCUUGGAGAAAUGAGCGACCAAGUUGCUGAAAAGGAGAAGCAGUGGUACGCCCAAUUUGCUGAUGCGCAGAAUGGGAGUCGAGCCGAGCAUACUCAACGUUUCAAGGACAUUGUUUUGCAACAGACAUGGCCCGUUGAUAUCCUUACCGACCCUCCACUGGAUACAGGGGGCUCACCAGGAUUGCCACAAAGCCAGAAGAAACUUGCAUCGCAAGAUGCUGCCAACAAAAAUCGCCAGCCGCCUAAAAAGGUUCCAUGGGAGGUUGAGCAGCAGCGUCGAGAAGAAAGGAAGAAGAAGGCCGAGGCGGAUCAUGAGCGCUAUUUGUCGCAGAAAGACAUGAUUGAUGCACAAUACCUACUGGGAAACAAGUUCCGCAAGCCGACGGAUCCUGAAUGGCAGAAGCUCGCUGCCUGGGAUGACUACACGGCCGCCCGCAAGAGCAAGCAGCCACAACGUCAGAAGCGACCCAAAAAACACAUGCCGGACACGAGCGGUGAACAGACGAAAAACGAUGUCGUCCCCUGCCCCGAACUCCCCUCACGAGACCUGGCAUCUUACCCAAAGAAAACUGCCGACAUGUAUAUGUGUCUUCAUCUCGACAUGCCAUGCGGUGGAGACGGUAAAUGCAAAGCCAGCGCCCAUAGAUGCUGCCGCGAAGGCCUUUCGCGUCGCGACCUCGAAGACGCCAUCAAGCGCAAGGAAGAGCGCGUCUGUGCCAAGAUUGAAGAGUUGGCUUUCAGAGACGGCAAACUCGACAAGGCUCACAAGACAUGGGAUGGCUGGUACAGCAAAUCGAUGCGCGAUCUCGACAGCACGCGUGUGAAGGCUCGUGCCCCACCCAUGGACUGGACCAACGAUCCGCGUGAUGCUCAGGCGAGACUGAUUCAAGAGGAGCCUCGAGGUACAGAGACAGAGGAGCUGCAAGUCGUCCAGGCUCACAACCCAUCAUACAGCAGCGACAGGGCCAACGUCAGCCUCGGCAAUGCUCUUCUCCCAAGUGCAGGCCUUGAUAUGGGACUUCCAAGCCAAUGCGAUCAACCUAACGCCAGCCCCGACAAUGCUCUUCUCCCUUGCGCAGGCCUUGACUUGGGGCUUCCCAGUGAAUGGGAUGAGGACGACUUUUUCAUGUUUGAGUAG